GCUCCCAGAUAGGAAUGACACAAACAGGCAGACCAGCUCUACAGUUCUAAGUGUCCAGAAAACAACCACAAGACUUGUAAUAAAAAACGACAGAACAACCACCACAACAACAAAACAAGGCCACAAAGGACAAACCAAAAUGGAGGAAUGCGAUAGUGUGGAGUCUGAGGUGACGGAGUUACAAGAGCUUCAGUGUGAGUCACCAGAGGCCAUAGCCCUGGACGAUGAAGACGAGGUGGAAGAACUCCACAACAGUCUGAGGGAGGCGGUGCAGGACCCAACAGUUAAGCCCCAGAUGCAGUGUCUGCUGGUGGACCCCUCCUUCUCCAUGGUAACGGUACAGAGUGAGGACAGUGGCAUUGUCUGGGAGACGGCCUCCAGCCGUUGCUCCACACCAUGGGCCUCCGAGGCCAGCUCCCCCUCAGAGGCGUGCAGCCUGGAGGGGACUGGUGUGGGGAGCGGUGGGGGCGCCCAAGGCAUGAUCACGAUCGUGUUUGACGAGGAGAAGAUUGUUCGCCGCAGAACGCGGUCCAGGGGCACCCACAGCCGUCUGAAGGAGCGUCUCAGGAGGCCCGUUAAUUCUCGGUCCAGCUCUGCGCUGGGUGCGGAGCGGCCUGAGAUGGCAGAGAUAUCGGUGCCGAACGUGCAGCCGGAGGGCGCAGACACUGUGGAGCUGGAUGCACUGAAGGAUAAAGACCAGCAGCUGUUCAGACUGAUCUCAGAGGGCUACGAGAUCCUCAACAUCAAGGUACCAUCCAAGCUGCCCACACUGGAUGAAGAAGAGAGCAUGGAGCUUCAGGACAACCUGUCAUACCUGGAACAGACGCCCAGAAUCCGGUCCAGACGGCCACUACCUCCCCAGGAACAGAAGGCAGAGGUUCAGGAGGAGGAUGGAGGAAAACAAAACAAGUCCUCUGAACAGGAGUCAGCAGAGGAGCACACCAGGGAUAUGCGAUCCAGGAAGGAUGGCACCAGCGACAUGUAUUACUUUGAGAACUUCACCUUACUUGAUGUGGUGGCACCAGGGGAACAUGCCCCAGGCUUAGAGGAGGAGGUGGGCGCCGGGCCGACACAAGUGCCCCAGCCAGAGGAGCCUAAGCCUGGGAAGGAGCCGGCCAGCAGCAGCCUCAACGCCUCGGAGGACACCUUCGUGUUUGUCACCGAGGUAGAGAUUGCCAGUGAGCACUUGGACGAGGUAUUCUAUGGGAACAAGGAGUCCAAGAGGGUCGAGGAAGAGGAGGAUGAAGAGGAGGAGGGGAGGAGAGGGAGGAGAGAAAGCAUCAGAUCUCUAAAGGAGAAUGGGUCUGUCUUGUUUGGUAGCCAGGAGACCAUCUUGACCCCAAUUUUCCUCUCCCCGGGGCCUCCCAAGAUAAUAGACCCAAUCCUGCUGGAGGAACCCACGGCCAUGUCCUUCCUCUACUCCGACCUGUAUGAGGACUCCAUGGGGGAGCGCAGGAGGAGCGACGAGGAGGGGUCUGAGGGGGAGAACUUGGCCUCAGAGAAGGUGUUCCAGAGACGUCUGUCAGACCCUGAGGAGGCAGACGGAUAUCUGGAGAAAUUCACCCUUAAGGACGAGACCCCUGCACUGGAGAGUCAAUCAGAGGAGGAAGAGGACAAUGGGGAGGGCGCAAGGUUGUGGCCGCAGAGCAAGUUUGAGAUGACAGGAUGCCUGACGCGAAUGGUGGAGGAAGAGGAGGAGGAACAUUCUGAGAGCAGUAGGCAUCUUCUGACGGCGGAGGAUAUAGAAACAGAAGAAAGGAUUGUAGAAAAGGAGGAGACUUGUCCAAUCACAGCACUUCCAGCAGAGCAACAGGGGAAGGAGGAAAAGACUAAACCAGCUACGGAGGAGAAAAAAGAAGCAAAGGAAGAAAAGCUGGUAGAAGACACGAAAGAACAGCCAGAGCUAGAAAAAUACAAGACCAAUAUUAUCUCAUUGGACACCAUCCUUGACAGAGAAGAUGGUGAGUUUGAGAAGGAGAUACCAGUCCCUGCACAGGAGCUUGUUGAGGUGAUAGGUGAAGGUAGUUCUCAGGUAGAAACAGCACAGUUGGUGGGGACUGAGAAUGUUAGUCAAGAGGAGGCAGUUGUCUCAGGUUUGGGCUCCUCAAAAAGUGAGAUCCCAAUUCCUAAACAGGAAGUGACAAAAGAGAAAGAGGAAGUCACAGUUAUUGCUGAAGAAAAGAGUUCAGCUGAUGUUCCUGAGAAUCUGUCUGUAGCUGAAAUGGCCAGUUUUCUCGAACCUUUUGUGGAACUGGAAAGUCUGUCUGGAGUCCUGAAACUUGGUCAAGUAGAGCAGGAGGAUCUCAAAGAUGGGACUGUGACAACACUAGGAGAGCAGGGAGCUAAGAGGGUUUCUCCAGAUGUCGAAACUGAUACAGUAACAGACGUAGAUGCAAAGAAAGUAGCCAAUGUUACACCAUUGGCUGAAAACAGCAAGGCAGGACUUGUUCAAUCUGACCCAACUACUCAGGUCAUGGCAGCAAUAAUCCCUGAUCCUGAGAUGCAACCAGAACCACAGGUAGAACAAGUUCCAUUGGUAGAAACAGAAGCAAUGGUUCAACCAAAAGCAGUGAUAGAAUCAGAACCAAGGAUAGGAUCAGAAGCAGUGGUAGAACCAGAACAAAGAGUAGCAUCGGAAGCAGUGCUAGAACCAGAAUCAAAACCAGAACCAGAAAGGGUAGGAUCAGAAGCAGUGGUAGAACCAGAACCAAGGGUAGAAACAGAAGCAGUGGUAGAACCAGAACCAAUGGUAGGAUCAGAAGCAGGGGUAGAACCAGAAGCAGAAGUUCUUGCAGAGAGAGAGGAAGCUGUUAAAGCUAUUUCUGAGGCUGUAGGAGAGGAAGUGGUUGUUUGUGCUCAAUCAGAGAUAACGGCUGCAGCAAGUGAACCCGAGGGAGGAGUGGAUAAGGUGAUGGAGGGAACUGAGGAUAGAGUUGAAGCAGCCCCACAACCAGCUGGCGAGGUGUUGGUCAACAGCACAGGACCUGUUCACACAGAGCUGUUAGCUGAGGCACAGAAGCAGAUCGUUAAGGAGACUGAUAUUGAGGGAAAAGUAGAGAAUAAGACAGAGAUUGAAGGGAAAAUGGAGAUUGAGGGGAACACAGCAAUAAUCCCUGAGACUGAAUCAAAAACUGAUCCUGAGAUGCAACCAGAACCACAGGUAGAACAAGUUCCAUCGGUAGAAACAGAAGCAAUGGUUCAACCAAAAGCAGUGGUAGAACCAGAACUAAGGGUAACAUCAGAAGCAGGAGUAGAACUUGAAUCAAGCCUAUCAUCAGAAGCAGUGGUAGAACCAGAACCAAGGGUAGGAUCAGAAGCAGUGCUAGAACCAGAAUCAAAACCAGAACCAGAAAGGGUAGGAUCAGAAGCAGUGGUAGAACCAGAACCAAGGGUAGAACCAGAAGCAGUGGUAGAACCAGAAUCAAGGGUAGGAUCAGAAGCAGGGGUAGAACCAGAAGCAGGGGUUCUUGCAGAGAGAGAGGAAGCUAUUAAAGCUAUUUCUGAGGCUGUAGGAGAGGAAGUGGUUGUUUGUGCUCAAUCAAAGAUGACGGCUGCAGCAAGUGAACCCGAGGGAGGAGUGGAUAAGGUGAUGGAGGUUAGAGUUGAAGCAGCCCCACAACCAGCUGGCGAGGUAUUGGUCAACAGCACAGGACCUGUUCACACAGAGCUGUUAGCUGAGGCACAGAAGCAGAUAGUUAAGGAGACUGAUAUUGAGGGGAAGGUAGAGAAUAAGACAGAGAUUGAGGGGGAAAUGGAGAUUGAGGGGAACACAGAGGAGACAGAGGAGAUAGAGAUUGAGGGGAAGAUGGAGAAGAAGAUAGAGAUUGGGGAGAAGAUACAGGAGACUCUCACAGAGACUGUACACUCCCAGUCUGCUGCAGCUGAGAUCCAGGAGAUGGAAGUCAGAGGAGAAGUAAUGGUUGAACCUGAGACCAUAGGCCUCCCUCUCCUCCAUACUGACUCUCCAGAUGAAGAGAUUACACGAGAGGCUGGCGAGGAUGAAGGAGGAACAUUGGGAGACCAGUCAGUUCGGAGUCUUGGGGAAAGAGAGGACACUCUGGACUUACAGGACCCUCUAACAGCAGGAGCAGAAGAAGAUAGAGCUGAAACAUUAGCAGAAGAGAUUAAGGAUGCAGAGGAGAUUAUGGAGACACCAGAGGUGAAGGAGACAGUGGAGGUGAAGGGGACAGUGGAGGUGAAGGGGACAGUAGAGAUGACGGAGACAAUGGAGGUGAAGGGGACAAAGGGGGUGAAGGAGACAAUGGAGGUGAAGGGGAGAGAGGCAGUAGCUUCCAUGGAGUCUGAGGCUAUGACAACAGCAGAAGUACCCUCUGUUGCUCCAGUGCCAUUGCAGGAACAAACCCAGGUAAGGGUGGAAGACUGUGACCCAGAAAUAGUUUCAGAGCGGGAAGAUCAACCUUCUGCCCCUCUAAAUACCCCAGAAAGAUGGCCGACCCCACCAACCCCGCUGGUGGAAGGGGAGGGUCAGGAGACAAAACAAACAAUUGAGGGAGAUUUUGAAACAAAUGGAGGCUUUUUCUCCCCUCCCAUGAGCUUCACCCCACAAGAGAAGCUGCCAGGGCAGCACAUUGAGGCUGUGAGUGCAGAGACAAAGCUACACCAGGAGCCUGUCAGCCCAGUGGCAGAGGUGCACCAGGAGGCUGUCAGCCCAGUGACGGAGGUGCACCAGGAGGCUGUGAGCCCAGUGACAGAGGUGCACCAGGAGGCUGCAAUCCCAGUGAUGGAGCUCCACCAAGAGGCGGAUCUCCUGGAGGAGUUGGAAUAUGAGAUCAUUUCCCAACAGGAGGCCAGAGAGCAGGAGUGCUUGCUCCCUGACUCCAGCCUGGAGAGGAGGAAGGAAGAGUCGGAGGAGUGGAAAGAGGGAGUGCUGGGUCUAACCCCAGAUGAGGACCUCAUUGAGGCGGACUAUGAGAUGUUUGAUGAGGUGGAGAAGAGCCAGGCUAGAGCAGCUGCUGACCUUGAGGGGAUGGAUUGGUUUUGCCUGGCUUGUGGCUGUCUGCUGACAGAAGAGGGACAUGUAUCUGGAGGGCACCAGGACCACAAGGUCACCUCUGUGGACCAGGCCUACAACGACGAGAGGGAUAAGCUGAACUGCAGGAUCUCGGAGUUGCAGGAGAGAUCAGAGAACAUUGAGGACUUGGUGUCUGAGCUGGAACUGUCCUACAACACUAUAGAGGAGCAGUUCCGAACCAGGGAGGGGGCUAUGCAGGAGCAGAAUGAGACGAUGUUGGCAGGGGUGAUGGAGCAAUACACCAGCAUGUCUCUAGGCAUGGAGGAGGAGAAGAAGAGCAAGCUGGAGCAGCUGUAUGAUCAGAUCGUCUCUUUCCAGGAGAGCAUCGAUACAGCCAGGGCCACGCUGGAGACCACUGCCCGGGAGGUGGACACUGACGCACAGUCAAUCUCAGAUAUUAAUACAAGACUGUCAUCAGUGCUGCAGUCAGCCAUGUCUCUGGAGUUAGGGCCUCGGGGACUGCUGGUGUUUGAAGACUACGCUAAGGGAAAUGCGGCCAACACACACACACACCGCAAGGGAAUCCCAGUCCCCCAGCAGCCCUUUCUGCAGUCCCAGGAGCCCGGCUCAGCCAGCAGCACCAGCGUGACCGUUUAUUGGAGGGUGAACCCUGGAGACAUAAUCGAUUGCUUCCAGGUCUACUGCAUGGAAGACCCACAAGGAGUGGUGUCUGAGGAGUAUCGCGUGACCGUGAAGGAGAGCUACUGUGUCCUGGAGGAUCUGGACCCUGAGAAGGGCUACAAGGUGUGGGUGAUGGCCGUGAACUACACUGGCUGCUCCCUUCCCAGCAGGAGGCUGACCUUUAGGACUGCCCCUCCUGUGCCAGUGAUCGAUACGGAGCGCUGCACAGUGCUCUGGAACUCUGCCGUCCUGCGAUGGAGCCCAGCCAACCAGAUGCACACACCGACGUACACUCUGGAGUACUGUCGCCAGUAUGCCCUGGAAGGAGAAGGACUCAGGUCUAUCUCAGGUAUCAGGAGUCAGGAGCAGCAGGUGCAGCUGCAGCCUGAUGAGAACUACCUGUUCUACAUCAAGGCUGUGAACGAGGCUGGGGCCAGUGAGCAGAGUGAGGCUGCACUUAUAUCCACAAGGGGUACCAGGUUCAGGCUGCUGCAGGGAUCAGCCCAGCCAGGCGUAGAUCUGUCAGAGGACCAGAACACUCUGGUCUACAGACACUCAGAUACACACAUAUGCCCGUCUGUCCUGGGGGAGAUGUUACCAGCCAGGGGUCAUUACUACUGGGAGACAGCCGUAACGGGAAGUCCUGCCUACCGGAUCGGAGUGGCAUAUGGAGGAACCAAUAGAGACAGUCCAUUGGGGGAAAACAACGCCUCCUGGUGUUUGCAUUGCAUCCCUACACCCUCAAGUUGUAGGUUUGAGCUGCUCCACGCCAGUGUCCAGGCUGAUGUGUUUGUGGUGGAGGUGCCCGAGUGUGUGGGCACUCUCUUGGACUAUCAGCACCAACGCCUGUCCUUCUACAACGCCCAGACUGGCCAGCUCCUGGGAACCCUCACCCAUCCCUUCACCCUGCCAUGCCACCCCGUGCUGGGCAUUGAGCAACCGGGCAGCCUGGGCCUCAGCAUGGUGCUGGAGGUGCCUGUGUUUACCAAGCACAGCUAGCCCACCCUCACACAGCCCUCUAGGGGCAUCCACGUGCCUUCAUACUGGUGGACAUGUUCCACCUGGAUCUUGGGAACUCACAGGACAUGGAUGAGGGAAGUAUUAGGAGUGGAGAUGGCGGUCUUGCAGAUCCUCUCAGAAACUGUACCUAAAAAGUACCUUUAUAACAGAUAUAGAUACCAGGCCUCAGAUAAUUUGAAUGUCAAAUUUGUAAAUACAGGGUUAGUAUGUUUCAUUGGAAUGAAAAGUCUGGAAAACAUACAUUGCCAAAUGGUCAAAGUAAUUUUUUUUGAUCCAUGUCUCUUAUCCUUGACUUUGAAUCGUUUUGGCGGAGGGUAGGAGAAUAGAGCUCACUUGAUAUAGUUCAGAACCAGAGUGAUUAGAGUCUACAUUGAUAUGCAAGUGUUUUACCUUUAAAGAUAAAUAUUUUGGGACUUUUUACAGUUUUUUGGGGGAAGAAAAUAGAUGGGAAAUAUGGGAGAGGGGAAGACGUGCAGGAAUAGCCCGAACCGUAAUCAGACCGGAGCCACUGCAUAAAGGCCUCAGCCCGUUUGAUACGUGCUCUACCUGGUGAGCCAGCAGAGCACUUCAAGAGGUUUGACUUUUAACCACUCUGUUAAAAUAUAUUCUGAUGUUGUUGGAUCAUGUGACUCAGGAAGACUAUGGAAAGAAUGAGUCACACUGAUGGGCUUCUGCUGUGCCUGUGAGAUCACACACACAGGGCUGUCCUCAAUACCAGUGGCACAGUUUGUAGUUAGUGUUUAAUCUGCUGGAGUCUCUGAAAUAGUUUCAUUUUCAUUUCAUUAUUUGACUUGGUAAGUAGAGAUUUACUUUACCACUUCAGAAUAGUUUCCUGUUGUAAGUACUGUUUUGUGUAAAUAACCGUGUAAACAUUUCUGCUUCCUGUUUGUGUUUCAAUGAAAAGGAUAAUUUUUGUAUUUGUACGAAAGGGUGGACUGAAUAAACCCAUAUUGUCUAGUCCGGGCAGACCUGUGGUGGUGUCCUGAGACACACGAACACCACUGUAUUUCAACACAUUUAAUUUAUUUGAAAAUAUGAGUUAAGUUGACAUAGCAAUACAUAUGUACCAAAAAACAUUUCGCAGUCAUUAAGGUACAAAGCACAACUUAUACUGGUACCUUUCAGACAUGGCCCCUUCAAACAAAUAAACACAUAGUAAAGUUA